AUGAGUUCAGAUGCAGAGAUGUCAAUCUUUGGAGAUGCUGCUCCCUAUCUGCGGAAGCCUGAGAAGGAGAGGAUUGAGGCCCAGAAUCGCCCAUUUGAUGCUAAAGGAGCCUGCUUUGUAAUCGAUGAUAAAGAAAUGUAUGUGAAAGGAAUCAUCCAGAGCAGGGAGAGUGACAAAGUCACGGUCAAAACAUAUGAUGACAGAACUGUGACUGCCAAGGAUGACCAAGUCUUCCCUAUGAAUCCUCCCAAAUAUGAUAAAGUCGAGGACAUGGUGAUGAUGACCCACCUCCAUGAGGCUGCUGUGUUGUAUAACCUCAAAGAGCGUUACGCAGCCUGGAUGAUCUAUACCUACUCAGGCCUCUUCUGUGUCACUGUCAACCCCUACAAGUGGCUGCCAGUGUACAACCCUGAGGUGGUGGCUGGCUACAGGGGCAAAAAGCGUCAAGAGGCCCCACCCCACAUCUUCUCCAUCUCUGACAACGCCUAUCAGUUCAUGUUAACUGACCGUGAUAACCAGUCAAUCCUGAUCACUGGAGAAUCUGGUGCUGGGAAGACUGUGAACACCAAGCGCGUCAUCCAGUACUUUGCAACAAUUGCAGUUGCUGGGGAGAAGAAGAAAGAUCAGCAGCCUAGCAAAAUGCAGGGAACCCUGGAGGAUCAAAUCAUCCAGGCCAACCCGCUCCUGGAGGCCUUUGGCAAUGCCAAGACAGUGAGGAACGACAACUCCUCGCGCUUUGGCAAAUUCAUCCGGAUCCACUUUGGGACCACAGGGAAGCUGGCUUCAGCAGAUAUUGAAACUUAUCUCCUGGAGAAAUCCCGGGUAACAUUUCAGUUGGCUAGUGAAAGGAGCUAUCAUAUUUUUUACCAGAUAAUGUCCAAUAAGAAGCCCGAGCUCAUUGAUCUGCUUCUCAUUUCCACCAACCCCUACGACUUCCCCUUUGUGAGCCAGGGCGAACUCACUGUCGCCAGCAUCGAUGACAGUGAGGAGCUGAUGGCUACAGAUAGUGCCAUUGAAAUCCUGGGCUUCAACCCUGAGGAGAAGGUGGGAAUCUACAAGAUGACAGGGGCAGUCAUGCACUAUGGGAACUUAAAGUUCAAGCAGAAGCAACGAGAGGAGCAGGCAGAGCCAGAUGGCACCGAAGUGGCUGACAAAAUCGGUUACCUGAUGGGUCUGAACUCUGCUGACUUACUGAAGGCCUUGUGCUAUCCAAGGGUGAAAGUUGGGAAUGAAUAUGUAACCAAAGGACAAAAUGUCCAGCAGGUGCACAAUUCAGUGGGGGCUCUAGCUAAGUCGGUCUAUGAGAAGAUGUUCCUAUGGAUGGUCACACGCAUCAACCAGCAGCUGGAUACCAAGCAGCCCAGGCAGCAUUUUAUUGGUGUCCUGGACAUUGCUGGCUUUGAGAUCUUUGAUUUUAACAGCCUGGAGCAGCUGUGCAUCAACUUCACCAAUGAGAAACUGCAACAGUUUUUCAACCAUCACAUGUUUGUGCUGGAGCAGGAGGAGUACAAGAAGGAAGGAAUCGAAUGGGAGUUCAUUGACUUUGGGAUGGACUUGGCUGCCUGCAUUGAGCUCAUUGAGAAGCCAAUGGGUAUUUUCUCCAUCCUGGAAGAGGAGUGCAUGUUCCCCAAGGCAACUGAUGUGUCUUUCAAGAACAAGCUCUAUGACCAGCAUCUUGGCAAGUCCAACAACUUCCAGAAGCCCAAACCUGUCAAAGGAAAGGCUGAGGCCCACUUCGCCCUGGUGCACUAUGCUGCCACUGUGGACUACAACAUCUCAGGCUGGCUCGACAAGAACAAAGAUCCCCUGAAUGAAACUGUCGUGGGACUGUACCAGAAAUCAUCACUGAAACUGCUGUCCUUCCUCUACUCUAACUAUGCUGGAGAUGGUGAUAGCGGGGGUAGCAAGAAAGGUGCUAAGAAGAAGGGUGGUUCCUUCCAGACGGUGUCUGCUGUGUUCAGGGAGAAUUUGAACAAGUUGAUGACCAACCUGAGAAGCACCCAUCCUCACUUUGUGCGCUGCCUCAUUCCCAAUGAAACUAAGACACCUGGUAUAAUGGACCAUCACCUGGUGAUGCACCAGCUGCGGUGUAACGGUGUGCUGGAAGGCAUCCGGAUUUGUAGGAAGGGGUUCCCAAGCAGAAUCCUAUACGCUGACUUUAAACAAAGAUACAAAAUCCUGAAUGCCUCAGCCAUCCCCGAAGGCCAUUUCAUUGACAGUAAGAAUGCUUCAGAAAAGCUUCUCUCCUCCAUUGAUGUCGAUCACAAUCAGUACAGAUUUGGCCACAGUAAGGUAUUCUUCAAGGCUGGUCUCCUGGGACUGCUGGAGGAGAUGAGAGAUGAGAAGCUUGUGAGCCUCAUCACCCAUACGCAGGCUGUGUGCAGAGGGUACCUUAUGCGUGUAGAAUUCAAGAAGAUGAGUGAGAGAAGGGAAUCCAUCUAUACUCUCCAAUACAACGUUCGCUCAUUCAUGAAUGUCAAGCACUGGCCCUGGAUGAAGCUGUACUUCAAGAUCAAGCCCUUGCUGAAGAGUGCUGAAGCUGAGAAGGAGAUGGCCAACAUGAAGGAAGAGUUUGAGAGAACGAAGGAGGAGCUUGCUAAGUCUGAGGCAAAAAGGAAAGAACUGGAGGAAAAAAUGGUGACCCUGCUGCAAGAGAAAAAUGACCUGCAGCUCCAAGUGCAGACUGAAAGUGAGAAUCUGACUGAUGCCGAGGAGAGAUGCGAUGGGCUCAUCAAAAGCAAGAUCCAGCUGGAAGCUAAAAUUAAGGAGCUGACUGAAAGAGUGGAGGAUGAGGAGGAGACGAACGCAGAGCUGGCAGCAAAGAGGAGGAAACUGGAGGAUGAGUGUUCAGAGCUGAAGAAAGAUAUUGACGACCUGGAACUGACACUGGCCAAAGUGGAAAAGGAGAAGCACGCCAUGGAGAACAAGAUUAAGAAUCUUACUGAAGAGAUGGCGGCUCUGGAUGAAACUAUCUCCAAGCUCACAAAGGAGAAGAAAGCCCUCCAAGAGGUCCACCAGCAAACACUGGAUGACCUGCAGGCCGAGGAGGAUAAAGUCAACAUGCUGUCCAAAACAAAAUCUAAGCUGGAACAGCAAGUGGAUGAUCUUGAAGGGUCUCUGGAACAAGAGAAGAAGCUUCGUAUGGACUUUGAGAGAGCAAAGAGACAACUUGAGGGGGAUCUGAAGAUGUCUCAUGAAUCCAUCAUGGAUUUGGAAAAUGACAAGCAGCAAAUGGAUGACAAACUGAAGAAGAAGGAGUUUGAAAUCAGUCAGUUACAAAACAAAGUGGAAGAUGAACAGGCUCAAAGUUCUCAGCUACAAAAAAAAAUUAAGGAACUGCAGGCCCGCAUGGAGGAACUGGAGGAGGAGAUAGAGGCUGAACGUGCCUCUCGGGCGAAAGCAGAGAAGCAGCGGGCUGAUCUCUCCAGGGAACUUGAGGAGAUCAGUGAGCGUCUGGAAGAAGCUGGUGGAGCCACAGCGGUUCAGAUUGAGAUGAACAAGAAGCGUGAGGCAGAAUUCCAGAAAAUGCGCCGAGACCUUGAAGAGGCCACUCUGCAGCAUGAAGCCACAGCUGCCGCCCUUCGGAAGAAGCACGCGGACAGCACAGCAGAGCUUGGGGAGCAAAUCGACAACCUGCAACGAGUCAAGCAGAAGCUGGAGAAAGAAAAGAGUGAACUGAAGAUGGAGAUUGACGACCUGGCUAGUAACAUGGAGACUGUCUCCAAAGCCAAGAGUAACCUGGAGAAGAUGUGCCGAGCCCUUGAAGACCAGUUCAGUGAAACCAAGACAAAAAACGAUGAACAUAUGAGGCUAAUCAAUGAUUUGAACACACAGAAAAAGCGUCUGCACACUGAGAAUGGUGAACUCACUCGACAGAUGGAAGAGAAAGAAUCCUUGAUUUCUCAGUUGACUAGAGGUAAACAAGCCUUCACUCAGCAAUCAGAGGAGCUGAAGAGGCAGCUAGAGGAAGAAAACAAGGCUAAGAACGCACUGGGCCACGCCUUUCAGUCUGCUCGCCAUGACUGCGACUUGCUCCGGGAGCAAUAUGAGGAGGAGCAGGAAGCCAAGGGUGAGCUGCAACGUGCCCUGUCCAAGGCCAACAAUGAAGUUGCCCAGUGGAGAACCAAAUAUGAGACGGACGCCAUUCAGCGCACAGAGGAACUGGAAGAGGCCAAGAAGAAGCUUGCUCAGCGUCUACAGGAGUCAGAGGAACAGACUGAGGCCAUCAAUUCCAGAUGUGCCUCACUGGAGAAGACGAAGCUGAGGCUGCAGGGGGAAGUGGAUGACCUCAUGACUGAUAUGGAGCGAUCCAAUGCAGCUUGUGCAGCGUUCGAUAAGAAGCAGAGGAAUUUCGAUAAGGUCCUGGCAGAAUGGAAGCAGAAAUACCAGGAGAGCCAGUCUGAACUGGAGGCUGCCCAGAGGGAAUCCCGUUCCCUGAGCGCAGAGAUCUUCAGGAUGAAGAAUGCCUAUGAGGAGGUGCUCGACCAGUUUGAGACAGUCAAAAGGGAGAACAAGAACCUGCAACAAGAGAUUUCAGACCUCACUGAACAGAUCGCCGAAGCUGGCAAAACGAAUCAUGAACUGGAAAAAGCAAAGAAACAAAUUGAGAAGGAAAAGUCAGACCUGCAAGCAGCCUUAGAAGAAGCAGAGGGCUCAUUGGAACAUGAAGAGGGAAAGAUCCUGCGUGUCCAGAUGGAGAUGACCCAGGUGAAGUUAGAUAUUGACAGGAAAAUUGCAGAGAAGGAUGAGGAACUUGAGCAGCUGAAGAGGAAUCACCAGCGGGUGGUGGAGUCCAUGCAGAGCACCCUGGACGCUGAGAUCAGGAGCAGAAACGAAGCCCUGAGGCUAAAGAAGAAGAUGGAGGGGGAUCUGAAUGAAAUGGAGAUCCAGCUGGGCCAUGCCAACCGCCUCGCUGUAGAGACACAGAAGCACUUUCGGAAUGGGCAGGGACAGCUCAAGGAUUCCCAGCUCCAGCUGGACGAUGCUCUUAGAGGGAAUGAGGACCUGAAGGAGCAGCUGGCUAUCGUGGAGCGUCGAAAUAACCUGAUGCUGACUGAACUGGAGGAGAUGCGAGCAGCUCUGGAGCAGACAGAGCGAGCCCGGAAAGUGUCCGAGCAGGAGCUGACAGAUGCCAGUGAGCGAGUGCAGCUCCUGCACUCCCAGAACACUAGCCUCAUCAACACCAAGAAGAAGCUGGAAGCAGACAUGUCUCAGUUGCAGAGUGAAGUAGAUGAUACCAUCCAGGAGGCGAGAAACGCAGAGGAGAAAGCCAAGAAAGCAAUUACAGAUGCGGCCAUGAUGGCGGAGGAGCUGAAGAAGGAGCAGGACACCAGCACCCACCUGGAGAGGAUGAAGAAAAACCUGGACCAGACGGUGAAGGACCUGCAGCUCCGUCUGGAUGAGGCAGAGCAGCUGGCAUUGAAGGGUGGCAAGAAGCAAAUCCAGAAACUGGAGGCCAGAGUUCAGGAGCUGGAAAAUGAGCUGGAUGCUGAGCAGAAGCGAGGCAUAGAGGCCAUUAAAGGGGUACGCAAAUACGAAAGGCGGCUCAAGGAAAUCACUUACCAGUCUGAAGAAGACAAGAAGAAUGUUAUCCGGCUCCAGGACUUGGUAGACAAACUGCAGCUGAAAGUGAAAGCCUACAAGAGACAAGCUGAGGAGGCCGAGGAGCAGGCCAACACCCACCUGUCGCGGUGUCGUAAGGCCCAGCACGAGUUGGAGGAGGCUGAGGAACGAGCCAACAUCGCUGAAUCCCAGGUCAACAAGCUGCGGGCCAAGAGCCGCGACAUUGGAAGCAAGGUGAUCACAGGGCUCAAAAUUUCUUAUUCACAGUGA